ACACUUUACGUCGUUUUGCGACACGAACAAUACAAUGUUUUUCAGCACUUGCUUAACCUAGCUGCCAUCGCGGUUCGACCCAAGUGCGCUUCCUGCCCAGCGGCACUGGCUGCCUGGCGACACGUCCACACACUCCCUGCUGCCGUUGGUGGCUCUGGGACCGAGUCGCAGCGCUGCUACCGACGCUUCUUACACUCUCACGAGUCGCUCACAACCGCUUGUUCGCGUUCAUUCGUUCUUCUGCCUACGGUCAACAAUCUGCUAAUAAGGUCGCCCCGGUUUUGGUACGCGAAUUUUAUUGGUCGCCGAAGCGAAGCUUACUCGCAGUUUCGCUCGCCCCGCGGAAAAUCACUGCAACUUUACCGUCGGCUUAUGACAUCGGGCUUACGUAUGCGCCUUUGUCUGAUUGGCCAGCACGAGGGCUGUUCCCAACGCCGAUGGAAGCCUUGCCGACUAUGAGCGCGAGGUGCUGCAACACGGGGAUUCUCGAGGUUACUGAUUGUUUUCGCUUCCGCACGGAACGCAUCGUCGUCAGCUUCUGCGGCAUUUUCUUUUCUAUGUUUGUGCGCGUCUUCCGUCCUACUCCACACCAUUUUGGCAUGAUUUUUCCCCAACGUGUUACCCCGGUUGCCGCUUGUGGGACUCGCCCCGGGGCAUCUCACCACCCCCGCCAAACCUUGAUGCCCCUGUGUUCCGGUGACGUACUCGGUAACGAUUGGCGCCCACAGUUGCAGCAUCACGUUUUGUCCGGUUUGGUUUCUUCCAUUGGCCUGCUCAAAUGCUCCGUUAUCCAAUCGCACUGCCGCUAUGCUCUUCUUUUUGUGGGAUAGCCAAUAGGCUGUUUUGUUGUCAAUCUAUGACGUGGAUGUCUGAAUUGCCGGCAUUGUUAGUGCCCCAACUUCGCGACAACAGCUUAACUCGUACGUGGUCAGUUUGUUACUUCAGAAAUGUAUAAAAGGCUUGCCGUUCCCCGGCAUUCUCCACAAUCACACAUCCUACGGAGAACCAGCUUGUCGUCCUUAGUCAAUAAGAAGCUUGAGCAACUUUUACUCACUUCUAAUACCAACUAAAGAGAUAUCCAUACCUUCUCUUGGAGCCUUCUAAUACACACGUCUUAUUUUAUAUAUUUCGUGGUUCGAUUUAUUCGUCAAGGACGUUUAAUUGUCUCUAAUCCGUUCUUCCGUUAGACGGUCAUUCUUUUCAUUUCCAGGCUUGACAUAAGCUGCCUUCUUUUUCGUCGUUCUCUUUUGUCAGUCUUUCAUUAAUAUAUAUCCAAGAUGGCGAAGGUUAUGACUUUGGUCAUGUUGAUCUUCGUGUCAAUGGCCGGUUGGAUGUUCGGUGCUGAUACUGGUUCCAUCGGUGGUAUCACGAACAUGUCUGCUUUCAAGGAGCGUUUCGCUGACCGGUAUGAUCCGGCAACGAAGACUUACAGCUACUCUUCUGCUCGUCAAGGUUUGUUGACGGGUAUGGUUAACGUUGGUUCUUUCACUGGUUCUCUUAUCUCGUCCCCUAUUGCUGAUCGCAAGGGUAAGCGUGUUGCUAUUAUGGGUUUCGUCGUUGUCUACAUCAUUGGUAUUGUGAUUCAAGUCACUACUCAGUUCUCUUGGGUUCAAAUCAUGGUUGCUAAGAUUUGGACUGGUAUCGGUAUCGGUGCCUUGUCUGUGUUGGCUCCUGGUUACCAAUCUGAAACUGCUCCUCCCAGUAUUCGUGGUACCGUCGUUACUACCUACCAACUUUUCGUUACUGCUGGUAUCUUCAUUGCCGCUUGUAUCAACAUGGGUACCCACCACUACAACGGUUCUGCUCAAUGGCGUUCUUCCAUGGGUAUCAACUUCAUCUGGGGUUUCAUUACCUUCAUCGGUAUCUCCUACCUUCCUGAGUCCCCUCGUUACUUGAUCUCCGUCAACCGCGAUGAGGAGGCUCUUCGCAUUAUGGCUAACAAUGCUGACUUGCCUAUUGACCACCCUGAUGUCCAAGAUGAGUACCACCGUGUCAAGGCUGACUGUGAAGCUGAGCUCGCUGGUGGUCCCGCUACUUGGGGUUCUAUCUUUGGUAAGGAAAUUCGCUACCGUACUUUCUUGGGUGUCGCCGUCAUGUCUCUUCAACAACUUACUGGUAACAACUACUACUUCUACUACGGUACUCAAGUCUUCAACGGUACCGGUAUCUCCAGUCCUUUCCUUGCUGCCUUGAUUCUUGAUGCUGUCAACUUUGUCUGUACCUUUGGUGGUUUGGUUGUCCUUGAGCGUUUCGGUCGUCGUAACCCUCUUAUUCUCGGUGGUGUCUGGCAAUGCUGCUGUUUCUUCAUUUACGCUGCUGUCGGUCAAAAGGCCCUUUACCGUAAGGAUGGUACCUCUAACCACGGCGCUGGUACCGUUAUGAUUAUCUUCUCUUGUUUCUUCAUUUGCGGUUUCGCUAUGACCUGGGGUCCCGCUGCAUACGUUAUUGUCGGUGAGUCUUAUCCUGCUCGUUACCGUUCCAAGUGUGCUGCCGUCGCUACCUCUGCUAACUGGGUUUGGAACUUCUUGAUUUCCUUCUUCACUCCCUUCAUUACUGCUUCUAUGGGUUUCAAGUACGGUUACGUUUUCGGUGCUUGCAACCUUUGCGCUGCUAUCGUCAUUUUCUUGUUCGCCAAGGAAACCAAGGGUCUUUCUCUUGAGGAGAUUAACGAGUUGUAUCUCUCUGACAUCAAGCCCUGGCAAUCUGGUGCUUUCAAGCCCAGCUACAGUGACAUGAAGCGUGAGGAGCAAGAGCAAAACGAGAAGCGUCGUGGUGUUCGCGGUGAGAGUGUUCAAUAUGUUGAGAAUGGCAAUGCUAACUCUAGCGAUGCCACUCACAGCUCUGACUUGUAGAUUGCCUUGGCAGUCUAAAGUUCUCUCCGCCGAACCCCUACACGGUGUAAUUCACCUCCCUCACAGAAUGCUUCCACGCGUUUGUUGUGCGGCAAAAGGCAGGGCCUUUGUCGUUUAUAGACUUUCACUCGCCUCUGGUUUUUCUCCUCGUCUCUUUUGACGAGGACUGUCAUCUCAUUCCAUAUUUACCCAACUUUUUCUUUCGCUUUUUACAACCCCAUACGGGUUAACUGUCUUUGCGUGUAUUAUUGUAAAGAGUUUCAUGUUAUUAUCAUAUUGCGAUUAUUCUAAGAAUAAAAAUGCCUAUAGACUCGGCGAUGUUCAUUAA